CAGCUAUUAUCAUAACAACCAUGGCCAAUGAUGGUACCAAAGACCCACCACCCAAAUCUGAUAUUGUGGAGGAUAUAUACUUAUGGAGGAAAAAGAAACUGGCCUUUUCUGUGCUCUCUGUCUCGACGGUGACAUGGGUUUUGCUCAGUAUAUAUGGUUUCAAUUCCAUAACCAUUGUUUCUUGGACAGCCAUCGCCAUUGUCUCUAUGGUCUUCCUCUGGGGGAGUUUACUUCGCCUUCUCAGCAAGGUUGAACCGGAACUGUCAGGCUUAGAAGUGUCGGAGGAGUUUGUAGCGGAGACGGUGAGGUCUUGUCGAAAGCUAAUGGAAGAAAUGGUUAGAUGGAUGUUCCGAGUCGGUGCUGAGAGUGAAUGGUUUGUGUUCGCGAGAACCGUUUUGGGUUUCUGGAUCUUGUCAAGAAUCGGGAACCUUCUCGAUUUCCAUACUUUCCUCUUCAUCGGUUUGGUAGUCGGCUUGACAGUUCCUAAGUUAUGGGAGAAGAACAGUGAUCGAAUACAAAAGCUAUUAGCUAAUCUCAAAGAGAGAUCGAAGGGAGCUUAUGAUCACACUCAAGAGAAGAUUUUAAUGAUGAAGAACAAGUUACAUCAUGGUACAGAGGAGAAGGUGAAAAAAACAGAGUAGCUAUUUACCUGUCUUUGUAAUCUAUAAAAGUCAAUGUACGCAAUGUUUAAAAUGUAAACGAAAUUCAGUAGAUUACAUAUUACCUUUUCCAACUUUCUGUCAAUAUAACAAAUUUGAGAUCAAA